AUGGAUACCCCGGCUUCUCUCCUACCUAUCCUUGCAGUGAGCACUGGUGUCAUUUUAGAUGUUGGCCCUGGCGCUGGGCACCAAGUAUUCCGCUUUUCUAACGUUGACGGCAUCAAGUCCAUAUAUGGGGCCGAACCGGGCGAGAGCAUGCAUGCAGCUUUGAAAAGGCGUGCUACGCAGGCUGGCCUUGGUGGCAAAUACUACGUCUUGAGUUGUGAAGCUAAACUCGAAUCUUUGGUGCCAGUGCUUGUGAAGGCCGGGGUCCUCAAGCCCAGUGAUACUCAGGGAGGGGACACUCCAUUCGAUGAGAUCGUCUGCAUUCGUGUGCUCUGUGGGGUUCCUGAUCAGGACGCGGUGAUAGAAGGGCUGUACAGCCUUCUCAAACCUGGCGGAAGGAUGGUUGUAUGCGAGCAUGUGAUCAAUUCGGGGGAUAGUGCGAACGGCGGCACUGCAGUCGGUCGUUUUCUCCAGCGACUGUACAUGUGGAUGGGUUGGAGCCCUUUGAUGGGAGGCUGUGAGUUGACAAGGGAUACUCUGGCGUCCCUGCACAAGGCUGCGGAGAAAGAUGGCGGCUGGGACAAAAUUGAUGUGGAACUCUGCGAUCCUUACAGUACGAUUCCUCAUAUUGUGGGAGCAUUGGUGAAAAGAAAGUAA